AAACAGGUAGCGCUGGAGCAAGAUAUUCGUUAUAUAGCAGUUAACGCUCGUCUUUUCAAUCAGCCAAACAGUGAAAUUGUUCGAAAUUCACGAGUUCUGGUGGAGACGCUCAUUUCCUACCUGAAUGAUCGUGAUUAUACGAAUGCUUUGGAAUUGUUCCGACAGCUAAAAACAGGUCCGGACAGCAGACUCAGAGAGUACAAUAACAUCAAAAAAUGCAUACUGACAACAAACGUGAGCAAAAAAGCAAUAAAACUUGGAACAAAUCCUACACUAACACGGAACACUUCGAUGGAUCAUGCGUGGAACUGGUUUGAGGAGUGUGCUACAGUGCUGGAAGAAGUGAUGAACGAGCAGUCCUCUUCUUAUUUCAUUGCUCCUGGCUAUGAGCCUCUGCAGGACGUUUUUUCCACUCGCGAUAAUCUGUCAGCUGUAAAAAAUAAGGUGCGAGAUCGAAAAUACAGUAGCCCAUUGGAGGUUGUUAACGCGGUGAAAACAUUUAUGCAAGCAUGCAGAAAUGCGAUCGACAAUAAACGCUCACCAGUUUUCCGAAGUAGCCUGACGGUUGCCGCAUCUUUCGAAAGUAAAAUGGCGCCUGUUGUGGCGAAAUGGCAGCGUAUGCGGCAUCGUCAUGAAGACUCUGAGGUUCCAACAUCAUCUGCAGUAGCGCCUUGCCGUCCUGGACGAUCUGGACGAUUGCCGAACGGAUAUUAUCGAUAUUUGAAUAAUGGCACAUACAUGGGGCAGGAACCAGGUCCAUCAAGUUUCCCAUCGACAAGCAGCAAUAGGAGUGCAAACAGAACGAGAAAUGCCACUGGUCGCAAUCGCAUAAAAAGGAGCGAUCAGAGUUCUGCUUCAACAUCGUUGAGCGAGCAAGAUUUGAGGACACCGGAGGCGAAAGGCCGAAGUUUGCGAAAUCUUUCUGAACAGAAUGGAAACAAUCACAGGCGGGUUCGCCUGCGGCGAAGUGUUCAGCGAAAUGUUAAUUAUAAUGAGAAUGUUGGACUCAGUGAUGGCGAUGAUGAUGAAGCAUCGAACAGCAGUAUAAGACAGGUAAAAAGACGGCGUUAG